AUGGAUUUUUUUGUUUUUGUUUUUUUAUUUCGGUUCCUUGAUUCCAUACGUACGCUAUUGUGGUCAUCAACUAGACUACGAGUAUUAUACCUCGGAACCUCGCAAAACAGUUGUAGAGUUAACCGUAAGACUAAUAACCGGCUCCUUUCUUUUCUACCAUUCCACUGCUACAAUUAUGGCCAUCCGUCACGCGUACGAAAACAGGUAUUCAUCGCAAUUCUAGAUUAUGAGUUAUGUUCAUAUUUUACUUACUUUUGUAGUAAUGACAUUGGUGUUUUUGGAACAUUAACGAAUGCAUAUUGCAUAACUGCGAUAGGGGGGUCCGAAAACUUCUAUAGCAUAUUUGAAGGCGAACUUUCUCGAGAAAUACCAGUGAUUAAAAGUAGUAUAGCGGGAACUCGGUUGGUAGGUAGAAUGUGUGUAGGAAAUAAAAAGGGGUUACUGCUUCCAAACUCCACCACAGACCAAGAGUUACUGCAUAUUCGCAAUUCUCUUCCAGAUUCUGUGCUUGUCCAAAGAGUUGAGGAGAGACUUUCUGGUAACUUCUACUUCAACUUUGUCUCAACAGAACCACUUUUAUGUAUAAAUACAGCUCUCGGAAAUUGUAUUUCAUGCAAUGACUAUACAGCCCUUUUACAUCCGGAUAUUGACCGUGAAACAGAAGAGUUAAUUUGCGAUGUUCUUGGCGUAGAAGCUUUCAGGGAGACUAUUGCAGGAAAUGCUCUAGUUGGAAGUUAUUGCAAAUUCUCGAGCCAAGGUGGAUUGGUACACCCACACACAAGCCUGCAAGAACUUGACGAACUUUCGUCUCUUUUACAAGUCCGAAUUUUUUUCUCUAUUUUUUUCACAUUAUAUAUUAUUUUGAAGGUGCCCCUCGCAGCAGGCACAGUCAAUCGAGGGAGUGAUAUUAUUUCUGCUGGGUUGAUUGCGAAUGAUUGGACUGCCUUUUGCGGGCUAGAUACUACUUCGACAGAACUAAAUGUACGCAUUUUUACACAUAAUGAUUAG